AUGCUACUACAGAAACUUAUUAGAAGGCCGCUGCAGUGUUUUGCUAACCAAAUCAGGAAUCUGGAGAAUGCCCCUUCUGUUCCUACUAUGCUCAACAAUGCUCCAACUUCUCAUCGAGUGCCGCGUUCGAAGGUUGAAUUUCUUGCGAAAAUGCUUUUUAUGCCCUCUCAAAGUCCUCCAGACAGUCGACUACUAAAGGUAGCCGUCGUUGGUUUCCCCAAUGUUGGCAAGUCCUCCCUAGUCAACAUGCUUGUUAAUUGGCGUGUUUGCGCCGUUUCGGGCAAAGCUCACACCACUCGCUCCAAACAGACUGUCGUCUUCACCAAAGACAACAUCCAGCUGGCUUUCGUCGACCUUCCCGGCCUCCUGCUCACUACCUCGCUGUGUAGAUUCAAGCUUGAGCGAACAUUCAUUCGGGAUCCUCAUGCGGCCAUUUUCGAUGCCGAUUUAAUUCUCGUGGUGGUGGAUGCCUCCAACAAAUACGCUAGGAAAGCACUGGAUCCAGAGGUUCUCAAGGUGCUUCACUUUUUCCCCGAUAAGGAAUCGGUUCUCGUUCUGAACAAGGUGGAUAAAUCGCAGGGUGAUCGGACUCGCCUGUUGGAGACGACGCGCCGUCUCACCGGGGGUUUGGUGGGUGGUAGGCAGGCGCACCGCGACGCCUUCGAGAACAAAUUUAACGAGCGCGCGCAGUUGGCAGAGCAGGAGGGCUGGGCACGGCAUCAUCUUAGCGUUGAGGAAAUCAUCUUUCCCCUCCUUCCGCCCGAAGCCCACGAGGCGGCUCAAGCGCGGCUGCAGCACAUUCAACACCUCUCCGCUCUCCUCUCGCCCACCAUUCAGAUCGAAUCUGCGCCCCGGUUGAAAGCCCCUUCAUCUCCUGCCAAUUCUUACCUCCCUCCUUCCUCUGCUUCCUCUCUUCCAGCGUCUGAAGAUCCCCCACAGUCCCACUUGGAAUGUGAAUCCCCUGAAGUGGAGUCAUCCUUCGUUGAUGAACAAGAUUUCAUAUUGCAAGGCCAGUCAAAUGCCAACGAUGUUGAUUUGCCACACAUCCAUUUGACACCCGAAACUCCUGAAGUGGCAUCAUCCUCCCUUGGUAAAUUGAAUGCCCCAUCAGAAAACUCUCUGCACGCCAAUGAUAUCGAAGCUGCUGCGGUAUCCACUAAGCGUUGUGUGACGGACAUAGAGCAUCAGAUUAUCAAAGACUUCUUUAUCGACUACAAACGCGCUUCACCUGUCGACGUGCACGCUUUAACAACUUCCCACACGUCUAACAACAAAAAGGAGGUUGAUUUUGCAACUGAAGAGGAGCGUUUGGAGGGCAUGUUGGAGCGCGUGCGCACGCAGAUGAUGUUGAACUCAGCCUCCAAGGAGGAGGUCGCCUUGCGACGACAAAAGUGGCGUGAACUCGGUAUCCAGUUGCAGGGUGCGAAGCACUGGGAGGGCUUCAGUCAGGUCUUCAUGGUUUCUGCAGCCACUGGUGAGGGCAUCGAUAAACUCAGGGACUAUUUGCUGGAACAAGCGAAGCCAGAUCGUCAGUGGGUGCUCUCCCCAUCACUGGUAACCGACGUGGAACCCUCAGAACUCAUUCGUAUGUCCGUGUGGGCUCAUUGCUUGGACCAGUUGCCCAAGGAGAUUCCUUACGGCCUCGUUGUGACGGUGGAUGAGUGUGAUCAUGUGCGACAGGCUGAAGGCGAUGAUCGGGUCUAUGUGCAUGUCCGUCUCCGCUGCCCCAAUGAACGUACUAUUAAAUGUGUGAUCGGCCCACGGGGAGAGCGAAUUCGUGCGAUUGCAAGUGCGGCAAAACAGGAGCUUUCGAAUCUCUUUCUAGCACCUACUGUGGUGAAGCUGACGGCAGAGGCUGUGCGUCCCACUCGCGGGUCUAUGCAACGAAUGCGUGCUGCUAAGGACUUUGCAGAAGUCUUUCCCAACUUUGACAAUAGUGGAGGCAGUGCCGAUGCAUCCCAGCACAUUGGCAUUGAAAGCGCCCAGAUCUCGCGCAAUCAAGCCGGUGUAAACGUAAAUCAUGGCAACUUAAUUCGCUCUCGUUCGGUCUUUGGUUGA